AUGAAAAAUCGUAUCACAAAUAAUUCAUCAACAAUAUUAUUUGGUAAAUUUAUUCAAUGCUAUUCAACUUCUAGUAGUAUUAAAAUAAAUCCUACUACUAUUACUACUACUACUACUAAUACCAUUAACAGUAGUAUAAAUCAGAGGAAUUUAUCAAUGACAAAUAAUUUAUUUCAAUUAUCAUCAAUCAAACCGAAAGAUCAUCAAACCAAUUUAGGUUUGGGACUUUUUCAUCCGAAAAAGAAACGUGCAGAUAAAGAAGUUGCUGAUUUAAAACAAUCUGGAUUUUUCGACAUCUCCGGUUAUGGUUUUGCACAAUACACUAAUUUGAAAAUGCUUCAUUCUUAUCUUAUCAGUUUUGAUAAUUUGUAUAAAUUUUCUACAUUACCAUCGGAAUUAUCAUCGGAAGUAUUGUUAAUUUCACAAUCGCCUAAAAAUAAUGUGGAAAAUAUUCAUCCAUGGGAUGCAUUUAUUUUCAAUAAUGGAGUAGCUGUGUUUUGGAAUGUGCCUGAGGAAAAUCAUCAGUUAUUGUUAAAAGAAUUUCGUCAGUUCAGUGAAGGAAUAUUAGAAGAGAAUCUAAUUGAACGUGAAGAUUUAAGAUUUUGUUUAACCAAUGAUCAUACACGUGUUGUAGGCGAAGACAUUUAUUUGCAUAUUCCAUCAUUGGAAAAUGUAUCAUAUCGUACUACAGGCCAACAAUUACAUAAAAAUUUUGCAUUACAAGAUCAACAUUCAAAUUUGGUAUUGACUCCUGUGAAUGAUGAUAAUUCACUAUUGGAGAAAUUUGCAUUUUCUGACGCUAUAGCUUUGUCAGUUAAAUUGUCUCUAUUAGAGAAUGGAUUCGAUGCAGCAGUUGUUGAAAUUGAACCAUGGAUUGAAAAGAUGAAAACUGGUCGAGGUGCUAAAUUUCGCCAAUCUGCAGUUUUACGAAAAACUGGUGAAUUAUACACAAUAAAACAUUUAUUAAAUGUUAGUACUAGUUUAAUUGAAACACCUGAUUUCUAUUGGGAAAGACCAAAUGUUGAGAAAUUAUUUGAAAGAUUAAAAUAUGUGUUAAGUGUUCCAUCUCGAAUUAAGAUUUUAAAUUCACGUUUGGAUAUGUGUAAUGAGUUAACAUCAAUUCUAACCAAUCAUUUAUGUUCUAUACAUUCAAUACGCUUAGAAUGGAUGGUAAUCAUUUUAAUUUUCGUUGAAGUUAUCUUUGAAGCAGUUAAUUAUUAUGAUAAAGUUGGAAAACGAGAAAAUUGA